AUAUAUUACGAGUAAAUACGCACAUACGAACAUACAUACAUACGUCUGUACGAAUCAACAGUGUCAACAGUUGAUGUGCCUACCAUUUGUUGUUAUUAAUUAUAUUUGUUGUUACUGCUGUUGGUAAUGAGCUUGGUGGUUGCCGCGGCUAUUCACUAUUUAUGAUCAUACACCGGAGUAUAUAGCGUUGUUUUUGUGCUCUUGUCGCUGCUGCUCUCGAAUAAAUGCAAAUAAAGUAGCGUGACGCUAUUUAGUUUGUUCGUGACCGUGGCCGUUGCGUCGUCAUUCCACCGGUUUGCCAAAUGCUGGUGAAGAGCUUUGCUUUGGAAAACGCUUUGGCCGCUCGCUUAGCUAUGCUUUGAUAGUUGGCCGCCUGUUGAGCACAUUUGCCUUUGAGUAGCAGCGGAGUCGAGUUGUGUCGCAGCAGCCACCAUCGUCGUCGUCUUUGAUUUUACGAGUUAAUAAUCGAGUCGAAUCGCCGAGUAGUGACGUCGCUAUUGAGUCGCUUAGUUUGAACGCGAAAAAAACUGAAAAUUUAUUGCUUUUAAAUUAUUAUUUACAUAUACAUAUACAAACGAAUAUGCGUGUGUGAACUUGCUGCUAACGCGCAAACCCUCAUCGGCUUAUACAUAUUUUGUGCGUGUCUACUUUUUGGUGUUGUUUUUCGGGGGGAUUUCACGUUUUUGCGUCUAAACCUUUACCAGCAUAUGCUUGGCCUGGACUUUCAAGAUUGUUUUCAAAAAAAAAUUUUCGCUAUUUUUUGCUAUUUGCCACCACUCGUGUAUAGAAGCUGAAAUGUAAAAAAAAUUGCUUUAUUAUUCAAUCUUCAUAUAGAAUGGAAUAACAUGCUCAGUGUUAGCAGACAGUAUUCUAUGCGAGAUUUUAUUCCAAGUGUGUUACUUAAUGAUUCUUGUCGUGUAUGUGGCGUGUUUAUUUAAUGUGUUACGCUUAAAAGUAGUCGUGAUUUGGCGGUUUAAAUGAAUUGAGGCGCGCUUUCUAAAUACCGGAUAACUGAGUGUAAUUUAAGUGCCUUUAAAAUUAUUGCAAUUACUGUUGUUGUAUCGGAAAGGAACUAAGAAAUAUUGUAAAAAUGAGCUGUGUUACGGGCACUAUCAAGUACGCGCUAUUCUUGCUGAAUAUGCUGUGGGCGAUCUUGGGUAUCCUGGUGGUUGUUUUCGGCGGACUUGGCUGGGGCGCUAUGCCACAGAGUUAUGCUAUCGGCUUUAUUACUAUGGGUGGUGUGAUCUUAUUCAUAUCAUUCUUCGGCUGCUUCGGUACAAUACGUGAAUCGGCGCGGCUUUUGUGGACGUAUGCCACCUGUCUCUUCGUGCUGAUCAUUGUAAUAGUUGUGUUCAUUUGCCUAAGUACGCGUGAUGUCUUCAAGCGUUACGCCAUGGAAGGCGUAGAGGAGCAAUGGCACAAGGAGCUUCAGCAGCCGGGCUCCAUGGACACUGUGCAGUCGGUGUACGCUUGCUGUGGCCUCAACUCUGCUGAGGAUUACUUACGCAUUGCACGCGCCCCACCCGCCAGUUGUUGUAAAGAAUCAAAUUGCAUAAAUCCAUUGAAUCUCUACCUCACUGGUUGUCUGCUUAAGGUAGAAGAAGCUUUCGCCGAUGAGGCCACUGUUAUGGCAUACCAGCAGUAUGGCUUGUUAGCCUUUGAAUGCCUCAUUCUACUUUUAACAGUCAUACUGGCAAUACAUUAUCAGAACCGGAAACGCCGUUUUAGUUAUUAAGCUUUUGUUUAGUUAUUGUGAAAGCUUAAAAGCAUUUGAGUCUCACUUUUGUAGCUUUUAUUGAAAUGUGAAACGAUUUUAUUACAAGUAACCUUUUUAUUACAUUUAAAUUUAUAUUAGAUAUUUGUAUUUAAUAUUAAUAACGAAUUGUCUAGCUUUCAAUGAAUGCUUUUAUGCAAUGUCACGUGUACCUCCAAGCCAAUCGAAUAAACAACUCUAAUAUAUAAUAUUAAUGUACAGUGUUAGAUAAUAUCAUAUAUAUUUUAAAAUAUAUUUAUUUAUUUCUAAUCCAUUGGAUUUUAUUGUACAUUUAUUUUAAAAUUUGUUUGUAAUUUAUGUAUUUGUAUAGUUAUUUUAGUAAUGAAAAAUAAAAAACAAUAUAAAACCUUAAAAAAACAACGUUACUUCGGCUGUUCCGAAGCUAUAUUACCCUUCACAAUACCAAAUAUUCCUUAAAGAACUUGAUUUUGACCGGUCAGUUUGUAUGGCAGCUAUAUUGCACCGCUGCCUUAAACAAUACCCCAUUGCAGAUUUCUUGAAGAAAUCUAGUAAAUGAAAAAAUUUUCCAUACAAGCACUUAAAUCGAAUCGUUCAGUUGGUAUGACAGCAAUAUGUUAUAGUGAUUCGAUAUCGGCGGUUUCGACAAAUGAGCAGCUUCUUGAGGAGGAAAGGUCGUGUGCAAUUUUAUUAGGUUUCCGAUGUUUCCGUAGGUCGUAGGUGUUACAAACUUCGUGGCAAACUUAAUAUAGUUAGUUAGGUAAAAAUUGCAAAGAGAUAAGUAUUACUGCUAGAAAGUUCUUGCAUAUUUAGACGAGAUUUGUUGAAUUACAUUUUGGGGAAAUUCCCUUUUAAAAGGCUUUCGAGAGUCUCUUUUCGCUUAUUUUAUGCUUGUUUUUGACUUUCCUACUGCUUUUUUUAUUGGAAAUCGCUAAUCGUGUAUCGAGACUUCUCAACAACAUUAUCGGACUUUGAAAUAUAAAUACUUUGAGAAAUUUCUCGUUGAAACAAUGAUUUCAACAGUGAUUCUAUUACCGUUUUUGGAACUAUGUUCUGAGUAUUAUCAGAAAAUUUCAGAAAAGUGCGCUAAAAAAUGUAUUACUAAGAAACAAUAGUUAAAUUUUAAUAAAAAUAAAAAAAAACAUUUAUGCUUUUUAUGAGCGAUUUUAUAACUAGAAACCCUAGCCCUCCUGAGGGUUAUCAACAGUCAAACAAACUGUAGAGUUGCUUCCGUGAAAAAUAAAUAGUCGUAUUAAGCAAUUAUUUAACGAUGUUUUCAAUUAAACGAAUUCACUGAUAAAUUUGUAAAAUAAAAAGAAUCUGUAAACAACAUCCAUCAAAAAUGAUAAGAAAAUUAAAGUCAUCUCUGUAUUCAAUGCGAAUAAUUCCGUUAUACUUGUAAAUUAUCAGAAGUGUGUAAAAUGAACUUUUGUAAGAAAGAAAUCUGAACAAAACUUUCCGUCUAGGAAUUUCAGUUACAACGUUAAACAUGUUGACUAAUUACACAUUUUGUAGAGAUAACAGACACCAACGCUGUAAAAUAUCUCUGUGUU